AUGGCGGCCGCCAUGAAGGCGGGCCUGGGGCGGCUGGGCCUGCGGGUGUGCUGGCAGGCUGCAGGGUCUGUGUUCUGUCCUGCUGGAGUGGCUCCGGCCUGUCUUUUUGUCCCAGUGAGAACGAGGAAGAGGUAUUCUGUCCCCGAAUGGGCCAGAGAACUGUCCCCUGAAGAGAAGGAGAAGAGACUCAAGUCUUCGGGGAUGGUAUUUCCUGAGGAACGUAUAGAACGGACCUUCUACUUGGCCUGCACAGCUGAUAUUAUAGACCCAUACAUCCCUCCUGAGGGCGAUGCCCGCUUGACUUCCCUAUCCAAAGAUGGGCUGAAGCAAAAGGUGGAGAAGCUGAAGCAUACUGCCGCCUCCCAGCUAGCUCUGCGGAAGGUAAAAGAUCAUGAUCCGGAUUUCAGCACUAAAACCUUCCCAGAGAAGGCACAGGAGAUAUUUAUUGAAGCUCACAAUUGCCUGGCAAAUUUUAACAAGCAGAAACUUCACUCCCUGGUGACAGAGCGCUGCUACCCAGAAAUGGUCCGUGGGAACAGGUACAAGACCAUCCGGUGGAGUUUUGUGGAGUCGCUAGAGCCUCCAAGAGUGGUUCAUGUUCGAUGCGAUAGCAUUGUGAAUCGAGGCAACCUGUACGGCCAGGUGACGGUGCGGAUGCACACGCGGCAGAUUCUGGCAAUCUAUGACCGCUUUGGGCGGCUGAUGUAUGGUGGGGAGCAGGUGCCCAAGGAUGUUUUGGAGUAUGUCGUGUUUGAGAGGUACUUGGUCAACCCUUAUGGCACGUGGAGGAUGCACGGCAAGAUCGUUCCAGAGUGGGCUCCACCAAAGGACCCCAUUGUUAAGACGGUGAUGAUUCCUGGCCCAACCUUGGAUGCCUCACAAGAGUAUGGAGAAACGAAGUAGGAGGUUCCAGAGCCUGUACAGAGACAACAGCGCAAACCACUCUGGGGGGGGGAAGAAGUGGAGAAUGUCUGCGGAGGUAGUGGGUUGGACAUGGCUGUGCCUUUCCAGUGAGCAGUCAACAAACAAAGCGGCUUCAGAAAUGGACUCCAGUCACUAAUAAGUUGUCUUUAAAGGAGCGAGAGGGGCCUGGGAGGGGGAUUUGGAUGAGCUCUGAGAAGAGAGGUUUACUCUGUCCGAGUAGACUUGGUGUGCUGCAGCUUAACCCUCUCUGUGUUUCUGUGAAGACGAGAAGUCUGUUCUCUUCAGAACCGCUCUCUAGGCUAACCUCUGUCCUGCACCUGCAUUGUGAGAGCCCGUGGCAGCAGAAGUCUGCCCAGACAGGGGAUAUUUGGCACUUCCAUGGGAAGUGUCAUAGACCUGGUGGGCUUUCAUUAAAACUUGCAGCAGUAGGUGUUGGUACUUUCUUUUCCCAUCCUCUUUCCCUCUCUGUACUGACUCCCAGGCUGCUUUCUUUUAACAGAAAACGGAGAAGAGCAGAAAGCACACUUUAAAUCAAAUUCUCCUGUGUGGGUACUGCAGUUGGACUCUUCUGAGUGGGUGCUUGUUAACGGCCAAGCUUCCCAAAGGGGCUACAGCAGAGCACUGAUAAUUUAAUAAAAUUUUUUGA